AUGGCAAGACUCCCUGACGAUGCCGGCAAGACGUCUGGGAAUGUACCAGAUCCACGGUCCGACUGUGGAAAUGAUAAUGCAUACAAUGGACUCCGGACUAGGCGCGUUCCUCUACGUCUUCAUACCAAUAUUACCAAUGAUUCCGGCUAUAAGAAAUCCAAGACGAGGCUUGAUUUUGUACUGAAAUUCGCUGUUUCUCUCACCUCAAAUGACAAUGCUCAUCCGAGCCGGAAGGCAGUGCCACUUCGUCGCAUCAACGCCUCUCCAUCUCCAGCGGGAUUCGAGCCAUGGGUGCACGGAAAGCCCACAAGCUCUGAUGUAGCCUCCAUUCGCGAUUGCCUAAAACUCUUCACACCGUCAAGCCGAGGCCGACCUUUUGAGGUAUCGUCGGAUGGGCGUCUCGUGGCUGCUCUCCACAGUUUCUUUACCUUCCGGACCUUCUAUUUGCCCGGCAAAGUGAAACCGCCAUGCCUAUUCACCAUCAUAGUCUAUGCUGGUGCUAUCGCAAGAGCUUUCCGAUCUAACAUUUUAGGCUAUUUUAAAGAGACCUGCGAUCUGCGCCGACGACUCCACUUUGUAUCCGAGGCACAGUUUGCUGUCACAACUCGGCGACACUUCGCUGAAACAGUUCGGGAAGGCGAGGCCAUUCCGGCGCUUGUAGGGAUAGAUACAGAUGCAAUAGUAGCUGUCCGCUCCGACCACAUUUCUGCACCGAUUGCCGAGCUCCACUCUGCAGGCCUGGUUUCCGGCCAGAGAGCUGAACGACGAUGCGUGCAGACAACGGUCACUCUCGUCAUGGCAGUUGGUCUGCUCACUGUACUCGGGCAGGCAUUUGCAGGCGACCGUGCGAUUCCGCGUUGCGUAGCACCGACUGGUGUGACGUGGAUGACACUUGGAGCAGCCGUCGUCUGGCAGAGCUCGGCAGGACGAGACGAUCCUGUUCUCCUUUUCCCGUAG